AUGGCAGGACAGACGUCCCCUUCAGACUGUUCUCAUCUCAUUGACCACAGCCACAUCCCUGAGUUUGAGGUGUCUACUUGGAUCAAGAUCACUUUGGCUUCAGUGUAUGUCUGCAUCUUUGUUGCGGGCAUCUUGGGCAACAGCAUCACCAUCAAGACCACCAGGAUCCUGCAGAAGAAAGGUUACCUGCAGAAGGAGGUCACGGACCACAUGGUGAGCCUGGCCUGCUCUGACCUGCUGGUCAUCCUGCUGGGCAUGCCCAUGGAAUUCUUCAGCGCCAUCUGGAGCCCCUUUUCCACCCCCAACGGCAACAUGGCUUGCAAGCUCUACUACUUCCUCUUUGAAGCCUGCAGUUAUGCCACUGUGCUGCAUGUGGCCACCCUCAGCUUUGAGAGGUACGUGGCUAUCUGCCACCCCUUCAAGUUCAAGGCAGCCUCUGGACCCCGCAAGGUGAAGCUGCUCAUCGCCUUUGUCUGGGGUACAUCUGUCAUAGUGGCUCUGCCGCUGCUCUUUGCCAUGGGCACAGAAUAUCCCCUGGAAACCAUUGAGGGCUACCAAGGCAUGACUGCCUGCGUCAAGCCUAUGCCCAAGCACCACCUCCCUGAGCUGAAGUACAAUAUGACCAUCUGUACCAGCCUCUCCUCCAAGUGGCCUGUCUUUCAGGCCAGCAUCUUCAGUGCCUUUGCUGUGUACAUUAUAGUGCUGGGAUCUGUCACCUUCAUGUGCCGCAGCAUGAUGAAAACCCUGAUGAUCCACAAGGAAGGAACUGUGGCAGUGAAGGGUGGACUAAGACACCAGGAGCAGUACCUAAGAAAAAGUGAGAGCUCAGAGGCCAAGAGCUCGAGGCGACAGAUCAUUUUAUUCCUGGGUAAGAGCCCUGUCCUACUCCGCCUCCCCUCCCCUGCCCCCUUUCCACAUGGGAAGGAAACCCAGAAGCCUCCAUUUUCUCUCACCAAGUUCCCCCAAAUGGGGGAUGUAUGGUUUGAAACUGGUGCAAAAUGA